AUGACAACUUCAAACUCUAAUUCUACUAUAAGCUUAACGACCAACUCUACUUCAAAUGGGGUAGUGGUCGUGCUUGAACCCUAUGCGAUACACAUUAUUAAUAGUAUCGUUCAAGAUUUAACUUUUCUUCAUCAGCAAGGCUAUAUUGAAAAGGACGUAUUAGAUGAAAUUAGCAGCAAGUUACCGAAACCAGCUAUACAAAAGAAUAAAAAUACAAUAACUUCUUCACCUACAUCACCGGUUGCUGCUCCACAAUCACCAGCUCCACAAUCGUCAGCUCCAUCACCAAAAACGACAAAUUCAACAAUGGACUCACCUGUUCUAGAAGAACAAAGCGAGAGUACAAAUGGAAACCAAAGGUUUCCUUUACCAACUCAACAUGAAAUAAAUUCAAUAAAUGCGCAAUUAAAUCAAUUUGCAUUAAAAAAUUCUUCGUCUCAAGCUUCCUUAACAAAUUCAACUGAAGGUUCAAACUACUCGGAUACUCCUUUGACAAAUUCUCCAAAAAUCUAUCCUAUAUAUGAACAAUAUGAAAAACGAAAUACAACAGAAAAAUUAAUUGCACAAAGAUAUCAAAGCUCUGCAGAAACAACAAGAAAUAACAUUAAUGAAAAUGGAAUUGAACGACAUUUUGAUAAACCAUAUCCUAUCACUCUUCCAAAUGCUCCACUCGCAAUUUAUUUAUUUAUACAUGUUAAAAUAGGAGAUACUGAUGAUUUGGCUUUCCAAAAAGGAGAUAAGAUAGAAGUUAUUCAAUGUGUAAAUGAUGAAUGGUGGUAUGGAAAAAUUCAAGGUCGAUCUCAUUAUGGAAUAUUUCCCAAGAUUUUUACCAAAAUUUUGUCACAGCCAAACCAAUUACAACUUCAGCAACAAAAACAACAGCAGCAGAAGCAAGCAAUUAAAAGUUCAAAUCAACCCAACCAACAAAUACAAUAUCAAAUACCAGCUCGGCCAAUCUCACAGGUGGUUUAUCCUAAUUCUAAAGGACAACCAUUGCCUCAAAAUGGUCAGAGAACAGCAAAACGUACUUCCUACCCUAAUUACGCUCAACCAUAUAAUAAUUUACAAACUAUUAAUAAUCCUAGAAUGCGACCCCCCACUUCAAAUAAAUAA